AUGUACGAGGUGCAGCCCACCACGCUGGCACCGCCUGCAGUCACCGCACUGAGGAAGGAGGCCACGGCGUCUGCCGCCCAGCAACGCGUCAACAUGGAGCGCACAGUCAGCCAAGACAUGCGCGAGGAGAGGCAGGACUUGAAGGAGGCCGCCGAGCACAGCCUGAACAUCAUCAUGGACCUCGACCUCGCCGGCAAGGUCCGCUACGUCAGCCCCUCGUGGAGGCAGAUCGUCGGCACCGUGCCCGACGACCUCGUGGGCAAGCCUGUGCUCGACAUCAUCUUCGCCGGCCAAGCUGGCUUUGCCGAGACCAUCGAGUCGGUCAGAAAGUACGACUCCAGAAGUCACAUCGCCCGCUUCUCCGUCCUCAUGGGCCCGCAGUCCAUACUGCGGCGCAAACGCUCAAAGCCGGCGGUCCAAGGCGAGCCGCAAUCCCUGCCGCCGUCGCCCACGUGCGCCGACGACGACAAGGAGGAGCACAUCCUGAACCUCGAAGCGCAGGGCAUUAUGGUGUACGACCGUGCCACAGGCGCCGAGAGUCAUACAAUGUGGAUGGUCCGCCCCUCGGUCCUGCGUGAGGUCACCAUCGACCUCCCCGAGGAGCUCGUCGAGUCUCUGGGCGUCGGAGCCGAAGUGCUGGCCCACUACCUGACGGGCCUGGCCGAGCAGGGCGCCAACGAUCCGCGAAACUAUCCGCCGCCGCUCCCUGUCUUGUGUCGCAUCUGCGAGCGGCACAUCACCCCUUGGUGGUUCGAGAAGCACUCGGAGCUGUGCCUGCAGGAGCACCGCGCCGAGAUGGACGUCCAGAUGGCCCAGGAGACUUUGUCAGAGCACCGCAACGCCAUUGUCAGAGUCCUCGACAUCCUCGAGGCGCAAGCUCGACCGUCCAGGGCGGCUCCUGCAGACCCCGCCGCUCUGAUUCAGCCACCUGAGUACCAGGGCCACCUGAUUCAACCACUCUCCGCCCCGUCCUCUGGAACCCAGUCUGGACGCAACUCACCUGCCUCUCCGCCCUCGAGAUCUCGCGAGCGCUCGGGGGGCUCUGGCUUUGGACACCACCGCGCACGGUCUUUUGCCGUUCGACGGCCACUGGCCCGUAUCGUGGAGCUGGUGCUGGAUCUGUGCGAUACAGCGCUCGAAGUGAACACGCCCGCCAUCAAAGACAACAUUCGUGCGGCUUCUGAGAUCCGCACGCAGUCGCCUCAGUCGGAAAACCGCAUCUCGCAGGUACUGCAAUGGCAGUCGCCCACGUCAGGCUCAUCCGACUUCAGCGACGGCCUCAAGAUGCUUUGUGAGGACACCAACCGGCUAGCCAAAGCCAAGAUCGAUGCCGUCUUCAGACACCGCCAGAUCCUCGAGUACUCGGAACGACUCCGUAUCGAGUUUGACAUUCUGGUUCAAGAAUGCAUAGAGGCAGCCAUCAUCAAGGCUGCACGUAUAGCUGCCGGGGAAGACAGCUCCUCCGACGAGCAGACCGAAGAGGAGCCACAAUCCAAUGCCAACGACAUACCUACAGGCGAGGAAGGCAUCUUCCCUGGAUCAUUCGACGCUCCGUCCGCCAUGGCUCACGCCCUGCGCAAUGUCUCAGAUACCUCGCUACCUAUGCGUGUGGGUCGCCGAGAGUCUGUUGCGGACUCGACACGCUCCAGUAGCCCUAGAGGAGGCUGCCAGACACCCAGAUCACAUGCUGGUGCGAUCAGUAUUGCAAGCCAGAGUAACCGACGAUCUAUGCAUUUCGAGAGCGAUGCAGGUAUGGAGAGCGAUACCAGCAUGCGGUCUUCAGUGUUUUCUGGCCCUCGACGAGCGGACUCACCAGCGAACUCGGAGCUCGGCCUGAGCAGGGUGGCUAGUUCACGAGAACGGAAGCGCAAGAGCUUGAUCCUCCCGAGCGUAUUGUCCAGUCGACAGCAAUCGCCUGCCCGCACCAUGCACCCAGCACCGCCAGUAUCCCCGCUGCGAACCAACAAACCCCGUCUGCCCACUGCCUUGGACGCUUUGCAGUCACCCAUCACGUCGCCGGUACUCACAACGACCGAGUUCUCCUCUCCCGCUAUGGCCAUGGCCAUCAACCAUCACCGCAGGCAGUCGUCUACAGCGGGCUCAGACGGCGCCAGGGCCUUGUCGCCACGUCUGCUGCCGGUCACCCAACCGCAGCCGCGUGCUGUUCCGCCCUCGAUCAAAGACUUCGAGGUCGUCAAGCCUAUCAGCAAAGGUGCCUUUGGCAGUGUCUAUCUGGCCAAGAAGAAGUCCACAGGCGAAUACUACGCCAUCAAAGUUCUCAAGAAGGCUGACAUGGUCGCCAAGAACCAGGUCACCAACGUGAAGGCUGAGCGAGCCAUCAUGAUGUGGCAAGGAGAGAGCGACUUUGUUGCAAAGCUUUACUGGACGUUCUCAAGCAAGGAUUACUUGUACCUUGUCAUGGAGUACUUGAACGGUGGCGACUGCGCUUCGCUCAUCAAAGUUCUCGGUGCUCUGCCUGAAGACUGGGCGAAGAAGUACCUGGCUGAGGUCGUGCUUGGUGUCGAGCAUCUACACAGCCGCAGCAUUGUGCAUCGCGAUCUCAAGCCAGACAAUCUGUUGAUCGAUGCAAAGGGCCACCUCAAGCUUACUGAUUUCGGUCUAUCACGAAUGGGUAUGAUCGGUCGACAGAAGCGUGCACUCAAGUCGGAUCCAAACGAGGCCGCUCCUGACUUGCUCAAAACUGGACCCUUCCAUCGCGCAGCUUCUGGCUCGUCUGCGUCUCGGUCUGCCUCGUUCGAUCUGAACCCAUCGCCAUCGACGACUCCAUCAAUGACCCCGGCACUUGCUGGCGACCUCGGUCAGCCUUCGUACUUUACUCUCAGCCGGGACACAUCUCAUAGCCGCGAACAGUCCAGAAGAGCAUCGGGCAACCGUAGCGACAGCGCUGAUAGCGAUGCCUUGCACGCCAUGUUCCGCCGGUUCUCGAUCGCAGAUUCCAACUUCAGCCACGGACAGCGAUCACCGAUUGAAGAAGAGGAUUUCAGCGACAACGCAUCCCCAGACAUCCUAGCACCUUCAAUGAGCAACUCCACUGUUGCGUACGCUCAAAAUCAAACACCGCCUGCGACGUCGCACAUGCCUCCUCCGCACAUGGCUCUCUUCGACCCGGACGACAGCAACAGGAAGUUUGUGGGUACGCCCGACUAUCUAGCACCAGAAACCAUCGCCGGUAACGGACAGGACGAAGUCAGCGAUUGGUGGUCCCUUGGGUGCAUCUUGUUCGAGUGUUUAUACGGCUACCCGCCGUUUCACGCUGACACACCAGAUGAAGUGUUCCAGAAUAUCCUUGCGCGGCGAAUCGACUGGCCUUCCGACGACGAUGAUGUUUACGACAUCUCGGAUGAUGCAAAAGACCUCAUGAACCGUCUCAUGUGCUCUGACCCAGCCAAGCGUUUGGGUGCGAACGCCGAGGACAAGUACGCCAGUGGUGGCGAAGAGAUCAGAAGUCAUCCCUGGUUCGCUGACCUCAACUGGGACACUCUGCGCGACGACGAAGCUUCUUUCAUUCCAGCCCCCGAGAACCCCGAGGACACGGAGUACUUCGAUACCAGAGGAGCCGCCAUGGCCAACUUCUCACCUGAGUUCGAAGACCAAGGAGCGUCAUCAGCCGGCACGCCCAGCGCAGAUUACCCAGAUCGACCUCACGAUGCUUUGUCUCGAGUGCGAUCACAGGUCAGCGUCUCGACUAUGAAGCGAGGCCUCAUACCAUUGCACAUUCCAGCUCACGUUCGCGAAGGCCGGUCUAGGAGACUCAGCGAGCCCAUGGCCACGGACGACUUUGGCAACUUUAGUUACAAGAACUUGCCAGUGCUGGAAAAGGCCAACAAGGACGUGAUCCAGAAGCUCCGCGCAGAGGCAAUGCUGCCGCAGAACAAACCUGCCUCAGCCCUCCAGUCACCUUCGAUCGUUUCGCCCUCGCCGUCUCUCGAGACCAGUCCAAUGCUGCCGGGCCAGCUGAAGCGUACCCUGUCGACCAAGGCUGGUGGCAGGCCAUCGUCACCGUCAGUCAGUGGCCCAGCUUCUUCGCCUAGUCGAGGCUCGCAGCCUUCCUCGCCUCUACUUGUGCAGUUCAGUACUGGCCAGCACCACGAGCGACGUAAAACAUCAAGCAGUUCCUCUACGUUGUCGCACUCUACAAGCAAUCCUGGAUCUCUCCAGCCGGGUAGCUUCUUCGAUCCUUCGCGUCUAUCGGGCUUGAGACCUUCACCAGAAAUGAUCUCACCAGGGAAGUCGUCGAAGGCCGGGUCAGCCUUGUCGUCGUCCUUUUCGGAGAAGAUGGGAGCGAGCCCACGUCAGUCUUCGGCUGGACCGGCAAAUUCGUCACCACGUGCCAGGUCACAAACAGUCGGUUCGCAGGACGGCGACGUGGUGAGAGACGUACUACCGGGUCACCACAAACGGCGAAGUCAGGUACUUGAUGUCUCGCCGUCGUCGUCGGACACGGAAGACUCGCGGGCCAAGGCACUUUUGCGAGUACAAAGACGAAGGCAGAGCUCUCGUAGGCUGUCUCAGAUCAGCUUUGGUGACGGUCCAUUCUUUCGACCUCUUGACGUCCUCAUCUGCGAGGACCACCCCGUAUCCAGACUUGUCAUGGAGAAGCUCCUCGAGAAGCUGCGCUGUCGGACGCUGACUGUCAACAACGGAUCUGAAGCCAUCCGCUACGCCAUGGGUGAAGUCAAGUUCGACAUCAUCAUGAUGGAGUUCCGAUUACCGCAGGUCAACGGCGCAGAUGUGGCUCGCAUGAUCAGGGACACGAAGAACGCAAACACGACUACGCCUAUCGUUGCAGUGACCGGCUACCUGAAGGAGUUGCAGGCACCCCAUUACUUCGACGCUCUAAUCGAGAAGCCGCCGACAAUCGCUAAGCUUACGGAUACGCUUGGCCGAUUGUGUCAGUGGAAGCCACCUCCACCCAACUGGGCGCCUACGCAGACGUACCCCUCCAUGAUGCCCUCUGGGCUGCGACAAGAGUCUACACGACAAGAAGAUAGCCCGAUAACGAACUCGUCAGGCUGUUCCCAGGCACCUUCGGGGAGCUAUCGUGGAUCUAGCCGCGAAGACUCGAUCAGCUCGAGCUUCUUUGGCGACAACGACAGCCGCACCAGCGAAGAUGUGCCGGUCGUGAUUGCACGUCACGGCACGGAUGACUGGCGCGAGCGGGAUAUAGCUCAUGCCAUGAGUGGACUCGGCAUUUCCGACGAUGCAGCCAACGUGGACGCCAAUCAGAUGGUGCAGAAGCGAGGUGGUGCACCUGACCUGCGCCCUGAGCUACCGCACGAAGCCUCUGCACCGGCGGUGCUGGAAGCGGCAACGAUCCGCCGACAACGAUCUGCCGAGAAAGUAGGUGCCAAACGACGCCUUCUCGAAACACGCAAGCAUGAGUCUGCCGAGUCUGGUGACGACGAGGACGAGGAGCUGGGCCACACGAUGGCGACAAGGUCAAGAAGCCCAAAGACGCGUCCCAAGUCGUCGUCGAAGCUGGGCAUCGAGAUGAUGCGCACCAAUAGCAGAGGCAGCGUCAUCUCAGUCGACACGGAUAUGGGGGCCUCGGAUUCCGCGCUGGCCUCUGCCCCGCCUCCCGUGAUCACGGAGGACACGGCGGCCGAGGAGCGCGAGGCCAAUCUCGCGACGCCUGACGUGCCACACAUGUCGCUCACACCGCCUGAGAUGUUCGCAGCGAUGCCGGGAAAAGAGGUGGUUGAUAUGGACAUGGGCACGCCCAGACAGGAGGACGGUGCAGCAACGCCUGACCCGGAUCCCACGCCACGAGCCAGCUCGACGCAGAGGGGUUCUUAG